AUGCUCUCCUCGUCGGUUCGAUCAGGUCGACGCCGCUCCUGCUCCGUUCUCGCCGCCGUUCCUCGACGUCGGAUCACUCCAAAGGUUGAAGCUAAAAAGCGAACUUUUUCUUCAUUUGAUGAUUUGCUGGAAAACUGCGAUAAGCCAGUCUUGGUUGACUUCUAUGCAACUUGGUGUGGUCCAUGCCAAUUCAUGGUACCAGUACUUGAGCAAGUGAGCGAGAAAAUGAAAGACAAAAUCCAGGUCGUGAAGAUUGAUACAGAGAAGUACACACAGAUAGCAGACCGCUAUCAGAUUGCUGCUUUGCCUACAUUCAUCAUUUUCAAGGAUGGGAAACCAUGUGAACGCUUUGAAGGAGCAUUUCCGGCUGAUCAGCUCAUCCAACGCAUUGAGAAUGCACUGAAGGUCGCUCAGUAAUUUGCACACUAGAUUUUGACGUACUAUAAGGUGAUUGGCUGGGUGAUGAAACGCAAGAGCACAGGAUGUCGAUUCUUCAUCCGAAGCAGGAUUUUUGUGACAAAACGCAAUACAUGCAUUUUGCUCUAAUUCAAUUGUAGAUCAUUAUUAGCUGACAAAUACAUAGUUCUGCUGAAUCAGUACAUUCAAGAAUAAUUAAUGUUGUCAUCACCGCGACGGUAUGAUUUAUUGUUA